AGUAAAAAAAUUAAAUAAAUUAGUCAUUGGAAAAUGAAGGUAGCCGAGAAAGUGAUACUCCUACUCGACGGCGGCGUCGCAGCCGCCAUAGCCGGCAGUCUCCACCCGAACCCCAACGCUAAGUUUCAGACUGUAAAGGAAUCCUUUCGGUUUUCGUUGGAAUGCUACGGAAUCAAAGAUCUGAUGGCGUCUGGGGAAGUAAUUCAUUUUGUCGAUUCCGGUGGCCGUUAUGAGGUGUCUAUUUUGCUGUUGGAGAAUCACGAGCCUCCAAUCUUAGCUUGUGCUCUGAAUGAAGUUUUGUUGAAAUUAACCGGAGACGAUCACUCUACUGUGCCGACACUAAUAGUCCCUUUCGUCGUGCCAGAGUCUAAGCUUAAACAAGAAAAUAGAUAUUCUGGGAAAAGUGAUACGGUUUCACUAUAUGGCAUGAAAUUGGGCCCAAAAACAGAUUUAUCUGAGUUAUUGAGCUCCAGAUUGCAACAGUCGCCACCGUUUUCUCAGAUUUUACACGAGGAGUUGGCCUUGUUGCUUCAUUUGGUAAAUGUCAAGAAGCUCCCAACAGUUGUGAUGAUUGGUGUAACCGGUCACAGCACAUCAAGUAAAAACUCCAAAGAGGAACUCGAGGUAACAUGCCAGAUUGGUGAACACUUGGCCAGCGUUUCGUCUCUUACUUUCUCCAAAGAAAAGAUGGUCCAAAGUCCGACCAAGACUUCAAGGGAUGGCCAAGAGGCUUGGCGUGCACUGUACGGAUGAUGAUCUCGUUGUUCAAGUCGCACACUAGUUCUUCGUUUCUGUUUGUGAUGGUACCGUAGCUUAGCUUACGCGCCUCCCAUCUUUUAGUUCUAUGCUAUAGCACUUGUUUUGAGUCUAAGAAAUGGUGUGAAGUUCAAUCACCUCUUGUUGUAAUACAUAUAUGGAAAUCUUUUUGCAACAUUGGCUUUGUUUUUCCA